UACACACAGAUUCUUGAAGAAUGGGUACACCUGGAGAAAUCCUCUAAGUUCAUGUCUCUCCAGGGUCCUGCAGGGAUGCUGGACUCCAAGGAUAGGCCUCAAGAGGUUCGUUGGUGGAUUGCACGCAAGCAUCUUGUCACGGUACGCCCAUCCAUUCCUGAUGUCAAAACAUUUGCUGGCCACUGGUGGAGAUGGUGGGCUUGUCUUCAGCCAGAGUGGCGAGAAAUCACGGCGCCCUCUGGGCUUUCGCAUUCUCCCCUUCCUCGCCAUGGCCGUGACGGAGACUGUUCCGCGCUCGACAAGCCUGGCAUAAACGGAUUCUUAUCCAUUGUUGUAUGUCUCAAAUGGUGGGGCUUUGAGACCGCCGCCGCAAGCAAGGACCCUCAAUGGCUCGCUGCCAUCCAGGACACCAAGUGGGUGAUG